AUGCACGACUCUCACAGGCGAUGCGAGCACAGCGGGUGCACCAAGUGGCCACUCUAUGCGUUCGAGGGAGAGAAGGCCAAGUACUGCUCCCAGCACAAGGAUGAAGGAAUGGUGGACGUCAGGAGCCGCAGGUGCCAGGAGCCAUCGUGCACCAGGCAACCGAGCUUCGGGUUCGAGCACCAAAAACCCAGGUUCUGUGCGGCCCACAAGGACGUCGGGAUGGUGGAUGUGGUUAGCAGGCGAUGCGAGGAGACCGACUGCCGGAGGCGGCCCCUUUACGGUCACGAAGGAGAAAAGGGCCGCUUCUGCUCAUACCACAAGAGCGACGGCAUGGUCGAUGUGGUGAACAAGCGAUGUCAGCACCCAGGCUGCAAGAAGAGGCCCGUGUUUGGCUUCGAGGGGGAGAAGGGCCGCUUCUGCUCGCUGCACCGAUCAGGGGGUAUGGUCGACGUCGUCUCCCGGCGCUGCGACUCGCCCGGCUGCAAGCGGCAGCCCAGCGGCACGACCGACUCCACCCACGUCCAGUUCUGCUCCCUCCACCGCGGCGACGGCGGGGCCGGCUACACGCUGCUCAUGCUCGCGCAGCGCGAGAGGCUUGCGGCGGCGGCCGCCCUCGAGGAGCAGCAGAAGCAGCAGCGCGCCCGCGCCCGCGACCGCGCCCCGGCUUCCGGCUCCUGGCCCGGCAAGGACAUGCCCUAUUCCGACUACCGCCCGCGGUGGGAGGCGGCCGGCUCGUCCGGUUCCUCCGGCGGGACGAGCUUCUCCGGCGGCCAGCCCGCGCCAGGCGGGCGGACCGGCACCUUCGGGAGCAACUCGUCGAGCUCGGGCAGCUUCCUGAGCAGCCAGCGCAGCGGCGGCGGGGGCGGCGACAGCGGCAGCUUCACGGGCGAGAGCUUCCUGAGCACCCAGCGCCGCGGCACCGACGAAGGCCCGGCCGGCGGCGAGCCGGGCAGCGCCGGCCAGGACGGCAAGGCGGCCGCUCACAACCCUCAGCCGUGGGUGUGGACGGCCCAGCCCCGCGGCUCCUCUCAGGGGGCGCGCCGGCCGCCCCCGCUCAAGAACCCGGCGGAGGCCGGUGUGCUGGGGAUCGCCGGCCGGCAGCAGUCGCCCCUGCUCGACUCUACCCGCGGAGACAGCCCGGGGGCGGAGUGGACCAAGCCCUCGUCGACGCAGUCGGCGCACGCCAUGUACCCGGCCGUGAAGCGCCACUGCUCGCCCCGCCGGCGCUCCUUCAGCCACUCCCCGGAGCCCGGCUCGCGCACCAUGGCGGGCCUUACCGGCAGCAUGGCCGGCCUGCAGGCGUCCUCCCCGGCGUCCCCCAACAUCAUGAGCCUGGGCGCCUCGGGCGGGACCCCUUCUCCCGGCGCCAUGGGGAUCCCCACCCCGCCGGGCUCCUCCGGGUCCGCGGCCCUGCCCCCGCCCCACCGGGCGCGCCGCUCGACCGCCCAGCGCUUGCCGCAGCCGCAGUUCCAGAACCGCGCUGUCCCGCGCAGCAGCUCGGGCGGCCCGCCUCGGCCCCCGCGCUCCCUGUCCCCGGGGGGCGUCGCGUCGACGGCGCGCAGCCCCGACGGGUUCGUGUACGCGCUGUCGGGCGCCGGGGGCAGCGUCGCGGACACCCUGGAGGACCUGAGCAUCGUGGACCCCAUCCCGCCGACGCUGGAGCCGCUGCGGACCCUGCCCCCCGUCGCGGCGCCGCUCCGCUCGCCGCGCGACCGCUGGCGCGCCGGCUUCCUGGAGCGGCGCAACAACAGCGAGAUCAUCCUGCCACUCCCGGACAGGACGCAGCCGGACCCGGCCCCCGGCCCAGCCAGCGACGUGCGGCGCCGCUCAUUCACGGCGUCCCUCUUCGAGCGGCAGGACCAGAUGAAUAUCAAAGACGAGGGCGUUGCCAGGCCCGGCGAACGUGGCGGUGGAGGCCCCGGCGGCCCCGGUAGCGGGGACGGCGGCGGGGGCGGGGGCAGCGCCAACGGCGCGAUGAUAGCGGCGGGCGCCGGGGAGGGGGAUAGGUGGGGCGCCGGGAUGUGGAGCUCUCCAGGGGAAGGGGUUUUUCAGGCGACCUCUGCCGGGGCCCGGCAGCAGGGGUGGCCUCACCAGAUGCAGAACGGGCGGACAGGGGAUGAGGGCGGCGGUGGCGGCGGCCACGCCGAGGCCAAGGCUACGAGGAGGGGAUCGCACCACUCGGUCGGCACGAUGCCGCUUACCUCCUCCGAGUCCCUGGGCGAUGGGGACGGCGGUAGUGUGUUUUUCUCCGCCGAGGGGUGACGUCAUCGUUUGUUAAGUCGGCACGGCGCGCGGUGGCGUGAGGCGAAGACGGGAAGGAGCAUGGCGCGAGGUUACGUGAAAUAGCCCUCCCCGUGUUUUGGCUUGCCGUUUUUUUUUUUUGCCGUCGAUCAUGUUUGCGUAGGCUCGUGGCGGAGGAGGAGGUUUUAACAGGGCGAAUCGGCGGGCAUCGCGCUGUUUAGUGGUGCCCGUUGGCAACAAUCAGAGGUAGGUGUGUUGCACGCGGUGGUUGGAAACGCAGGUGAUGCGAACCGAUCUACAUCGGAGGGCGCAUCGCAGGCGCGUGUGAAGUGUGUGUUGUUGUCGAGGUUGUGGUUGGGGGGAGAAAUGCAAGGGGACAGCCGUACAGCAAGCAGGACACAUGUUAGGCCCUCUCCGCUGGAGAAGUCUGUACGCUAUCAAUUUUAUGGUCCCCUCGUCAUCGUUUUUUUGUUUUCGAUGGUUGAAUGGGCUGCUGCUGGAGACAAAAUCGCGGUGCUCCCUUCACCAGGAAGAUUCUAGAGCAUUUCGGGGAAGUAUGUAUGUGCCGGCCUAGAGAGGAUGUGGCCUUUGUUGAAGUCGGCGGAGAGAUGUUUUUUCGAAGGGUGGAUGGAUGAAUGGAUGGAUGGAUGGGUUGCAUGUGUAUUCCAGAUGUUUUGGCUGCGAUGUUCGUAACCCCAGUUCCGAGAUGCCUUGCUUGAGAGAUGUAUGUGUUGAGGGUAGUUAGUUGGAUCGAGGUUGGUUGCGUUUGACGCGGUGUGUGGCCUCGACGAUACAAGAGGAUGAAAUAUCAAGUAUCCAUCCACACUCGAUUGUCGUUGUAUUGCUUCUGCUGUGUUACUUAAAAACAAAACCCCGUGAAAAAAUCAAGUUCCUUGGCCUCGUUGGGCCCCUCGUCGUCGUCGUCGUCCCUGUCCAUUGUAGUUAUUGCGUGUUCGUCUGCGGGUGUUUAAGGCGUUUUUUGUCCGGGCUGGUCCUUCCGGCGUGAGCCUUUGCUCUGCAGUGCACACCUUUUCGUGUGGGUGGUUGUUGUCGUAAUUUAUAUAAAAAAUGCUUUGGCUUACAUACAACACAGGAUUGUUUGUUUUCCGUCUGGCUGCUGUGUCGCUUAUUUUGUUUUUCUCACUUUUUUUUUUUUUUUUCGGUCCAUUCAUCAAUACCAAUUUCUUGCCUGCUGGUGGUGGUAUGUUGUGGUGUCGAGUUUCGAACAGCGUAACGUCGUGUGCACGUUUUGCUGAUUGUGUCAAUGCGGUUUGUCUUGUCGCUGUUUUUUUCCGCCAAAGAUGCGAAGGUCUUGUUUUUUUUUACUUGCAUUUAACUGGGGGAUUAGUAAUUAUUGAAGACUUGCAUUUAACUGGGGGCGGGGGGGAGGGGUUAGUCAUUAUUGAAGAUUCGCCUCGAUCUGGGGGGAGUACCAACAACGCAAGGGCCGACGUCUGCAUACUUGUUAAGGGCGGUGGUCGUGGUGUCAGUCUCACACCCCGCCCGGUUGCUUGGUAGGCCUAGAGGAGUGCAUCAUAUGGUGCACCGGCAUUUCUUGCGAAUCACAGAACACUACGGACGUUGCAGAUUUUCCCGCGGUGAGAGCAUCCAUUUUUUCCUGUGUGUGUUCUCACCCAUCUACUCUACUGUAAACGUACCUUUUCAUUAGGCAGUGGGGGCGAAACCAACGGUAGGCGGCAAUAGCUGAGCGAGGGCCAGGGGUGCAAUGGUUUGGUAAUUUUUAACAGUUGUGGAAUUUUUUCAAGGUAGAAAAGCCGAGCGUUGGUUGUGUGUAGAGUAUUUUUGGGUUCCAUUUGCAUGCAUUCAGGUAGGAGAG